CUCGCAAGUCCGAACUCCUCGUCACGGAGAGGAGGUGAUCUCUUCCAAGAGGGUGCAGCGAUGAAGGUGGGCUGAAGCCAGAUCUUCUUGAUCUGCCCUUCCUUCCAAAUGCUUGGCGUCUUGUGUCUGUUGUUCAGGGUCCGCCUCACGCGUACUAUGCCGCUCAAGAAGCUGAGGGUCACAAGGAUGCCGAGGUGCAACACAUGAUGCUGGCCGACCUGUGCGCGACGCUGCUGCACAUCCUUCGAGAGCGGGAGGGCAAGGAGUGAGUCUGAGAGAUGUGAGAGAUGUCAGUGAGGUCUCCCUGGUCAUUGUCUCUCGUUGUGUUGUGUUGUGUUGUCAGGCUGGGCAGCACCCCAACGACGGCAUGCAUCUUCAUGCGCCGAUACCUGCACGCCCAGGCAUUCUCGUCAGACGUACAAGACCGAGUGGUCAGAAAGGCUUACAAUACACACGCACACCAGUCAAGUCAAUGCACUCAUUCCAUCGCAAGCCAUCUCCCUCCCACUGACUGUCGCUGCUUCUCUGCUUUGCGUGCGUGCAGAUGUUGGCAGCAGCGUGUGUCAACCUGGCGCUCAAGUCAGAGUUCCGGUCCCACCGUGAGAACGAGCUCACACUCCUGGCACAGGAGUACCUCAGGGCACACCCACCACCUGACAACACUAGCGACACCGUGCCGCCCGAAGUAGCGGUGACGCGCGAGGAGAUCGGCAAGAUGGAGGACCGGCUGUGUGCGGUGCUGCAGUGGCGAUUCAAGACAUGGCCGCCACAACCCAUACUAGAAUACCUCCUGCAAUUCAUCAAGAUAGUCCCACAGACACAAACAGGUUCGUUCUUGUAUUCCACAGGUGAUGUGCAGCCGGCCAACCAGGCCCCCCAUUGAUGCGCUCCUUCUCUCUGGGUGGUUGGGUUGAUUCGCUUCAGAUGCUGUGUCGGGUGGUGAAGAUGCCACCCCCCACCCACAGAUCGACAGUGUUGACCGGUUCGUGUCCACGUGCCGCUUGCUGGCCGACCUAUCUGCGCGGACCUCUCUGGUGGUGGACCUUGACCCCCUCCCUCUCGCACUCGGCAUCAUCCACACGGCUGCACACCUUCUCGACAUCGACCUCGACAAGGCAGUACUGGAUGAUACGAGCGGCGACGAUGAUGGCGAUGCACAGAGCAGUAGGGAGGCAGCAGGACCAUCAGCUGCCGCCUCUGCGAGUGGCGCAUCGAGCGGUGGUAGACUGACGAAGCCGUUCGCCUGGUGUGAGCGGCUGAUGCGACGCAUGUGCCCCGAUGACGACAUCAGACCAUCAGCAUACAGGUGAGCAGGGCAAGGCACACGUGGUCUGAGACAAGCCAUUCAAUCCGAUUCGUUCGUUGUCCACUCACUCACGACCUCCACACAUUCAGGUGUGACAUCGAUGUGGGUCGGUGCUUUGACCGCGUCGCGUGGGAGCUGGGGCAAGCUCACCUCCACCUGGCGAACGAGGCGGCCCCCGAGUGGCCGAAGGACGCGUCGUCUCUGGCGUAUGUGGAGGUGCCCGAGCCGUUCGGCAAGCAGGGGAUGCAGCAGAGGAUGGCUAUCGAGGACAUGCAGCGUGACGCACUCGCCCGUAUGAAGAUGUGUGGGAGGCGGCCGCAGACGCCCACAGGGGGAGACGGGGAGCAGCAGGAGCUGUUGUGUGGAGACUGACUGAUGAGAUAGUAAGAGAGGGAGGGAGCCAUCGACUCGAUUGGCUGAGAGACGCAGGCGCAUACACGGCGCUGCAAUGGAUCUAAGUACUCGUCGUGUUGGCGCAUGUACAGCGAUGGAUGGAUAGACCAACCCUCUUUGUGAAUACGCCGCCAUGCAUUGCAAGCAA